AUGCUGGACCAACGCGUCACGCCACCCUCGAGUUUUACACAACCACCUUUGACGCCUCCGCCGACCGACAGGAAGCAUUUCACGGAGGCGCCUCGCGUUAUCGCGCAUUUCAGACGUAUCCAAGCGGGAAGGGACACUAGCGGAGGGCCGUUGAAGGUAUUUCAGCUUGUGCAAGGAGAGUACGAGCACAUAGAGAGGACGCUCUGGCAAGACAAUGUGCUGUGCGGGUUCGUGGACGACAAGAUACGGUAUGACUACGACGCACAUCGAUGCAGACUAUUUAUUCGCAUGCCUACCCCAAUACACGAACGCUUCAUCGACCAAGUCGAGGAUGAUAUUCGGAGGCAGCUGAGAAAGAUACAGAACGGAUCAGGAAAGACGGCUAAAUUCGCGCAGAAAGUAUAUUCAGCCCGAUCAACUGAGAUCCACUACGACGCCAGUUCUAGCAAAUCGAAGAACGAGCCAGACGCGUCAUUUAAGCAUGAAGAUGCAGAAUUUCCAGGCGUCAUUGUUGAAGUCGCAUACUCGCAGAACAAGGCGCACUUACGUCGGUUAGCCGAGAACUAUAUCUUAGAUUCAGAUACCAACAUACGAGUGGUCGUCGGUCUAUAUAUUGAGUAUGAUCACAACAAGUCGCGCAGAGCAACGUUAUCAGUCUGGCGACCCGAAUUAGUCACUACUGAUGACGGACUUGAAUUGCGAGCGGUAGAAGAGAUUGCAGACAAGGCUUUCCGUGAUGACGAAGGAAACGCCGUAGACCACCCAGGUCUACAGCUCCGCCUCAGCGAAUUCACCUACGAAGGACUUGCCCAGAAGGAAAUGGGUGAGGAGGACACUUUUAUCCGAAUUCCUGGAUCAAGACUCUGCGAAUACCUUAGUGCGGCAGAUAACAAAGAAGAGCAAGCAAUGAGCAAGCAUGUGCUUGCCAAGGAGGUUAAGAAGCGGAAGCGUUCAGAAACACCUCCUGAAGAGAUAAGGGCAGAUGACGAAGCAAGAUACGCUAAGCAAGAGGAAAGAGCAGCGAAGCGCGCAGAUCGCGAUAUUGAUUACGAGGAGAAAUCCUCAACCAAGAGCCUCUCAGACUAG